ACUUUGUUGUCUAUUCCUCACAUGUACAGAGUACCGACUGAGGCACGACUGCGGAGUGCUUACAAUACAAUAACUGGCAAUUAAAGAAAUCCACAAAACUUGCCAUAGCCGAGCAAUAGCCCAAUACCAAGGACCAUGGCCACAAAGGCAUUCCAAGGAACCGCCUACGUUCAAGGCAAAGUCUCCGGCAAACUCCUCGCCAGCAACACAGAAUUGAGCUUCUGGGGCGGCGUAAACCCCCAAACAGGCAAGAUAAUCGAUCGUCACCACACAUUGAGCGGGCAAUUUCUUCAAGACACCAUUCUCGCUAUCCCGGGUGGUCGUGGCUCAUGCUCUGGUAGCGGGGUAAUAUUGGAGCUUCUGCUUAAUGAAAAGGGGCCUAAGGCGAUUUUAUUCGAGAGAAGGGAGGAUAUCCUGACUCUUGGGGUAAUGAUUGCCGAGGAGAUGUUUGGGAAGGCUAUUCCGGUUAUGAUUCUGAGGCCGGAGGAUUUUCGGGAGGUUUUGGGGUUGGAUGGCCGUUGCUUGCAUGUUGCUGAUGGGCAUGUUUAUAGUGACGAGUCCCUCAUUACCCUGGACGAACACUCACCAGGUAACGGUGUCGAACAGUCUCUAUCCCUUGCGAGUGAUGUGGAGCUUUCAGAUAUUGACAGAGCGUUCUUGGAUGGUGCCUACGGUGAAGCUGCUCGGGUAUCGAUGCGAAUCAUUCUCCGGAUGGCAGAUUUACUUAGCGCCAGGGAGUUGAUGGAUAUUACUCAGGUCCACGUGGACAGCUGUAUCUACACUGGACCAGGCUCUCUUAUGUUUGCAGAGAAACUUAGGGAUUGGGGAGGAAAAGUCCGUGUUCCAACGUCCCUCAACUCCAUAUCCAUUGAUCAGCAACGAUGGCGCGCUCAAGGAAUCGAUCCCGUUUUCGGUGAAGCCGCUGGGAAACUGGCAGAUACUUACAUCAAUAUGGGUGCACGACCAACCUUUACCUGCGCUCCCUAUCAACUCGAAAGCGCACCGAAACUUGGUGAGCAGGUGGCAUGGGCUGAGUCCAAUGCUGUUGUUUAUGUGAAUAGUGUUCUCGGGGCGAAGACCAUGAAGUAUCCCGAUUUCCUUGAUAUAUCGAUUGCCCUGACUGGGCGGGCGCCAAAAGGAGGUCCUCAUGUUGAAGCCAAUCGUCUGGCUUCACUCAUUGUGAGAGUUACAGAUGUCCCUGGAGCUGCGAUUAUCGAUGACUCUUUUUAUUCUCUCUUGGGCUACCACUUAGGAGCAAUAUCUCCUAGUCAGAUCCCAGUGGUGGAAGGGCUUGAGUCAUUGAGCCCAUGCAAAGAUGAUCUUAAAGCCUUUGGAGCUGCAUUCGCGACUAUGUCGAGCGCUCCGAUGUUCCAUAUCGUCGGGGUCACACCUGAAGCAACUUCACUCGACGCCGUCAUUGACAAAAGAUCUCAUCCACGCUCCAUAGAAAUAGUGCCGAAGCGGCUAGCCGAGAGCUGGAACCAGCUCAACAGUGCAUCUCAUCCUCAACCAGUAGACCUGGUCUCCCUCGGAAACCCUCACUUCUCCCUAACGGAAACCAGAAAGCUCGCUGAACUCUGUCGAGGCCGCACGAAAGACAAUAACGUUGCCAUUACAGUUACCUGUGGACGUUCUACCUACGGUCUAGCUUCUCAAGCCGGACUUAUUCAGGAGCUAGAAGCAUUCGGGGUUCAGUUUAUCACUGAUACAUGUUGGUGUAUGAUUACUGGGCCGAUCAUUCCGCCGUCGACUGGUGCUAUAAUGACGCACUCUGGAAAAUAUGCACACUAUGGGCCUGGGUUGACUGGAAAGCCGUUCUUCUUUGGGAGUUUGGUUAGAUGUGUUGAAGCUGCGUGUGGUGGUUGUAUACGCGACAUGCCAGGGUGGUUGUUGGGUUGUCUUGAUAGUCAUGUUCCAAAAUAAGCCCUUCAGAGCAGAAACUUGUGUCAUUUGAUUCACCAGUAAAUAAUUGUACAAAAUUUCCAUUGCUGUAGCUAUUCAAGCAUUCACGUGUAUGUAUACUGAUGGCGGUGACCAAUGC